AUGGUUUCUACGAUUGUGCAUUUGCCAAAUGGCUACCAUAUAACAGUCAACCCUGUCUUUGGAGGCUUCUUUUUUAAGGCUAAUGAGUUGAACACACAUAGCAGCAUCUUCCCUGCUGGCUGGACUGUCAUUAUCCAGACCGAGGAUUAUUCGGACGAACAUCCCUUAAACAGCGAUUCUGAAGUUACAGAGCUUCAAGAUGCGCCAGCCGAACGACAUUCACACAUACAUCCUUUCAGACUUCCAACUUUACGCAAUGAUAGCCUCUUUAUUUCUUCCAUUUCAAACCCCUCGAGCAAUGAUUUCAGAGCUCCCAUCAGCCCCACUCGGCAGAUCGCGAUGAUGCUCUGGGCAACAUUAUACUGGUAUUUCCAUCAACCAGAACCGUCCCCUUAUGUCACCACAGCCGCUUCCAAAAAUACACCUGAUGCCGGAAAGCCAAAGGCAGAUUGGCGCAUACAUAUUAGGAGAGAGGGUGUGCUGCGGGGUCGCAACUUAAUACAAAAGCUUGAAAGAAUGGGGUUAAUUACAUCGGAUGAUUCAUCAGUUGGCCUCGCGAUAGAGGAGAAUACACCCGAGGGAUGGUCAAACAUGUUCACUUCAAGAAGAGCAUUUUGGCAGCUGUCGGCACGGCUGUUCCUUUUUACUUUCAGCCCGAAUCUAUCUCUAGCUUCUCCGCAGAGCAGCCGACCGGGCUCACCCAUCCGUGAUACAACAAGCAACCAGUCUCCCGCCAAUAAGAGAGAUUCCACUGAAUCAUUUACUUCUUCAGGGCUAUGGUCACCAGCUUCCAUUGGUCCUUUCUCAUCUGGAAGCCAUUUGCCGACAUAUUAUCCACCACCUCCCACACAAUAUACGAACACGUCAGGUGUGCGCCAUCCCCUACGCCCCAAGCCACCCCGCCAAGGUGAGACAUUUUAUACACGUUACAUCCCUAGUGUAGGGCAAUACUUGUCUUUUCGAGUUGCUUCCUUAUCCCCCAAGCCUGUGGUGUAUAACGGUCCAGGUUCAAGCUUAUCGCCCUUCCAAGACCAUGCCAAAAGCACGUCGAUCCCCUCUAUUGGGGCAUGCUUGUCCGCAGAUUUGCAAUCCGCACACUCUCGCGCUAUUGCACAUCAAAGCGACAAUACAACUGAAAUGACAGAUCUCCAGCUUUUAAACCGUUGGAUGAAUAUCCCUCGGGUUGAUAGAUUUUGGGGCUGCUCUGGCCCAAUCGCUACACAAGAAGAAUUUCUCAAAGCCAAUUUGACAUCUAAUCAUGCAUUCCCCGUCAUUGGUCUCUGGGAUGGAAAGCCUUUUGGGUACUUUGAAUUAUAUUGGGCAAAAGAAGAUAUCCUUGGGAAACAUGUAGGUGAUAGCGUAGGAGACUUCGAUCGUGGUGUUCAUGUUCUGGUUGGUGAACCUGAAUAUCGGGGAAAGCAUAGAGUGCAAUGCUGGAUCACUGCUUUGGCGCACUGGGCUCUAGUACAAGAUUACAGGACUAAUUCCUUUGUGCUUGAGCCACGGGUGGACAACGAGAGGUUUAUCUCACAUUUGCAAGAGGCUGGCUUCGUCAAAGAGCGAGAAAUCACCUUUCCUCACAAGCAGUCUGCAUUCAUGAAGCUGCGAAGAGAAUGUUUCGAAGCGCCUGCAUUGUGA